GAGGCGCUAGAAGUGUGUAAUUCUAGCCUCAGUAGUACGUUAGAUACGCGAACCGAGGUGUAAUUCUGAAUAAUUGGUAUUAUCACAUACGAGCAGAGAUACACAACACCCGAUCAAAGCGAUCCCAAUUCUGAACGCCUGAGAGAUGUAUUGCAUUGAAGUAUCAAAAGUGUUUCCACCAUUCUGCUCUGCUUGGUUCAGAGAUAAGGAAAUUCGUGUUUUGAAUUCUGACCCUGUGCUGUGAAUGGCCCAAGUGUUUGCAAUUUCAGCUACACCAGAGACACACUCUGCCUAUAUUCAAGUGUUAAUAAUUUGUGGACCAUCCUCGGAAAACUUAGGGAUUCGAGCUCCAAAGUAUUUCCAACUCUAGUGAUUUUCAAUUACAGCAUUCUGAUCUGAAUGCUUCAGACGUUCGUGUUGGAACAUCCAAAUUCCAAUAGUUUAAAUGUUGUUUUCAAAUUCCAGUAAUAUCAAAGAUUCCUACAUGUUCUGAACGCUUCAGAGAUACGUAUUAAAGAACCAAAGCGUUUUCAGCUUUGGCUGUUCUGAUCGGGGUGCGUUCAGAGAUGCACGUUGCAGAACUGAAGUGAUGCCAAUUGUAUUAUUUUGCUGUGGAUGCUUCAGAGAAGUGGAAACGACUGCUUUCAAUUAUAGCAUUCUGCUCUGGACGCUGCAGAUACUCGGGUUGAAGCAUUCGAUAGUUAAAAUUCAAGCUAUUCCUCAAAAGCUUCAGAGAAUCAACCAAGUGUUUUCAAUACCAGCGACAUCAGAGAUACGACCAACAAGAUUUACGGUAUUCUAAUUCUAGCCUCAUGAUCUCAAUACCUCAGAGCUGUGGUACGUGUUGCAGUGGAUUGGAGGUCUCUUCCCGCUUCAUCUACCCACCGGCACUGGUCUGCCCGUUGCAAUCCGACACCGAAGUUUGCGCGCUUUCCGACGCUCGCAACGCCGAAAAGGACAAUCCGGCUCGAAGGACCAAACACAGCUCGAACGUGCAGAAGCCGUUUGGCUAUAAACAACUACAAAAAACACACACACCACGUUGCUAGCUAACGCAGCGACAACUCGGACCCGAAUAUUACCGAACGAACGCCAAACGCCCAACAAAAAAAAAAAAAACAACAAAAAUCGACAAGGCACAACCAUAGAGCCCUUUACCAAAAAAAAGGCAAAGAAAAGCCGAAGCAACAUCAGGCAAACGCAAUGAACACGCGGCGGCAGCCGAAGGAGGGGGCCGGCCCGGGGCGGAGCGCGCUGGCGGCCGCGUUCACCAGCAACACGAAGGGUGGGGCAAUGAUAAUGAAAAGCGUUUCCAUCUUUCUGGCCAGUGGCAGGCGAGCUUCGGCCCAGUCGAGAGAUCCGGCCGGGAGCAGCAACGGUACCGCAGCGCAGCCGACCGGCGGUUCGCAGCAGGCGAAGGAGCACCAGGGCGCAGCAGCCGGCACCGGGCGGACGACGAUCUCGCGCGACAACCGACGCAUCCUCGCCAGGAUGGAUGAGCUGAACGGCAAGCUCAACCCGAAGAUGCUGGAGAUGUACAAGCGGCGGACGCACUUUUCCAAGGUGGAGGUGGAGGCACUGUGCAAGAUCUAUCGCAAGCUGGUCGCAAACGCCAGCAUGAACUCGAAGGCACUAGCCGCCAGCAACCCGGGCGUAAUUGCUAAGGCCGGCUCCUCAAUGGACGGCAUCGACCGGUCGGUCUUUCGCGAGCUGCUCCACAGCACGUUCGACAUCGUGACGGAGGAGACGCUGAUGGAGCGCAUCUUCUGCGCAUGGGAGAAGGGCUACGAAGGUUUGCCGAUCCGGCUCGAGGGCUGGCUGAUGGGGCUGUCCACCUUUCUCAAGGGUUCGCAGGCGGAGAAGACCGCGUUCUGCUUCCGCGUGUACGACCUGAACAGCGACGGGUUCAUCACGAAGGACGAGAUGUUCGCGCUACUGCGCAACUGUCUGAUCAAGCAGCCGCAGGACGAGGACCCGGAUGAGGGCGUCAAGGAUCUGGUCGAGAUUGCGCUGCGCAAGCUGGACAUGGAUAAGGAUGGCAAGAUUUCCUUCCAGGACUACCAGGAAGCGAUUGCGGAGGAACCGCUACUGCUGGAGGCGUUCGGCCAGUGUCUGCCCUCGGACCGGGCGACCAUGUCCUUCCUAUCGACACUGCAAGCGUAAUUGUUACCCUUCAUUACUACUCGUUUUCACGCUAUCUUUCUUUACUGUUCGACUCAUGCAGCUAACGAACCUAACGAGCACUUUCUAGUGGCUGGUUGGGGGGGUGUGACCCCAACUCACCUGCCGAGGAAUACUCACUCUCCUCCUAGUAGUACUAUCAAACUUCUGGGAGGGGCGAAGGUAUCCCAUUGCCUCUUUCCUCAAAUCCCAACCAAACAAACAAACGUAAGACGCAGGCUUCCCAUUCCAAUGCCCCCUCCAGAACGGAUCGAGCCAAGAGGACUCCAACUAAUGUUACCGACGGAAAGGCCCACUUCAAACAUCUCCAAGGAAUACUUCUGCGUAAGCAAACCACUUCGAACAAAGGCACAGACCUCCGACGGUGACGGUUUGUGCGAUUUUCGUCUUAUCAUCAUCACCUUCCGCCUACCCACCGACGGAAACCUGCACCAGCUGCACGGAGUUGAAGAGGAGUGAGAAAAGGAAGGAAAAACAGGUCAGCCAUCCGUCCACCGCCUGACCUUGCCAUCCGUGCGCCGUCAGCACAGUCGUCACCGCAAAAGUUAUGAUGCGCAUCGCCGCAUCGGCCGCACCUAAAAUCGAAGGUCACACAUGGUUUGGUUAGGCCUGGGGAGGGUAGGAGUCAAGGAGCCCGGAGGUUCCGUAUCCGGAAAACGUUCCGGUUGUUUUGAUUUUGCACUGUUUGCCAAUUUGAAAAACAUACUAUUUGCUACAUACGCAUGACGCACAUGAAUGCCUUGGAAGCAAAAACAAAAAGCUUUCGACUUCGACGCGAUAGAGGUAGAUUUCUAACGUUGCUUAGGCAGACGGGUGGGCCCAGGGACAGGGCCAGACAGCGCAGGCAGCUCAACUAGGCUGUCAAGCAAUUAGCGAAAACGCCAAAUUAGAAAACUCACUAGAUGCAGGUACGACGGGUAACAGUAUCCUAGGUCAAGCCUUACGCCUAUAUAGCGAAACUCCAACCAGCAAGUUGGGGUUAUGUUUUGUUUUUGAUGUACGAAAGAGACCAACCGCAAACUUUACAACAUGAGCAGAACUAUAUUAGUGAACGAAUUAACGAAAGAAAGCUAUUUAUCUAGUCGUAAGUACCGGUUAGGUCCGUUUUGACAGGUUGCAAUAUUUUAUAGUGAUUUGUAGAAUGAGAAUGUGUUAACUUCCGAAUGCUUGCUGGACUUUAGAUUGUUUGAGUUUUCAUAGCAAUAGAGCAAACCGAGAGAGAGAGAGAGAGAGAGAAAGAGAGAGAGAGAGAGAGAGAGAGAGUGAAGUGUUACAAAUAAAUUAAUUUGAGGUGUUAUUAGCAUUA